AUGUCAGAUUCGACGGGGACCACAGCGGGCGGGAUAACAGGAGCAAUAAGGGUCGGGGCAGCGCUGGACGGUGCUUCGUGUGACACUACAGGUCCAGCUGCGGAUUUCUUUUUCUCGUUGGACGGGCGGUUGGAGCAAUGCGGGGACUAUCCGUUCACAAACUACGACGGCGCAACGCGUCCAGUAACCGUCUUCGGCUUCAUCCCAAGCGGAGAAUCAUUCAUUAUCGACCCCCAAUCCGACGACGCCUUCGACUGGAGAGUCAUCUUCCGAGCUGGAACUCAGAUUACUUUCUACAUGCGCGACGCGGAAGGACGAAACGGCGGGACUUCACGAAUCAUCUCCGUCGAAGAAUCGAGCGACGACUCGUGCUUACCACCACCAACACCAACGACCCCCAGUACCCCUGCGUCCACAUCCCAAUCCUCUUCUGGUACAGGAACCCCAAGCCCCAGCGGUGUGAAAGGCGGAUCCACCAAUGAAGACGACAUCAAAGGUGGCGGCAGCGGUGGGAACACGAGCAAGGACUCAAAGAACGAGGACGGGCCAAACAUCGGCGUUAUCGUAGGCGCAGCGGUCGGCGGCCUCGCGUUCCUCGCCAUCUUCGUCUUCCUCGGAAUAUUCUUCGUCAAACGUAAUACCAACCCGCCAGCCCCGUCGAUUCAUACGGGGAAGUCGAUUACGGAUGUUGGGACCCUUGCGACGUUUGGGACGGCGCCUACUGUACCGCUACCGCCACAUGAGGCUUUACCGAGUGUUCGACCGUAUGAUGUGGGUGCGGGUGGGGGGAUGGGAAUGGGAAUGGGAACGGGAACGGGGAUGGACUCGCAGGGUGCGGUAGCGGGAGGUGGACUCUACGCGAGUUACAAAUCCUCGUCCAAUCCGAAUGGGAAUGGUUAUGGGGCGUACCAGCGCGUUCCAUACGAAGCUUCAAGCCCGAACUACCAAACAACGCCCGACGUCUUCUCGUCCCAACAAGCCGAGUUCAACCCCUACGCGCCUGCACACACCGCUUACAACAGCCACUCCUCGCAAGGCUCGACAGGGGCUGGCACUGCUGCUCCGACCGCCUACGGCUACAACCAACCACAAUCUCAGCCAAAUCAAGAGCCGUAUACGCAUUAUCGCCAGGGCUCACAUCCGUACUCGACACCGGCGGCGUACCAGCCGACGUACGAGCCGUCUGAUAGCUCACCUACGAGGCCGAGUCAUCAGCAGCAGCAGUACUCGCCGCGGCAACAGACGAGCACCCUUUCGUCGUCGGUCCACCAGUCGUCGCCGCGCCCGGUGGUGCGGCAUCGCGACAUUGACGAUCCUGGUACGCCUGAGGACCUGCCACCGGAGUAUUCAGAUAGACGAGCUCCGAUACCUGGUCUGCCCAAUUCGCGAAUUACUUGA